AUGGAGAAGUUUGAAUUUUCUUCAACAAGUUCGGGACCGAGAAUACCAAAAGAUCCUUUCUCGGGUCACAUUUUCUACAAUGUGUACAAGGAGGCGGAAUUUCUGAGACAUAGCGAUAACAUAGAAACGAUACUAGCAAAGGGCUAUGAGCUGAGACAGAAGUUGAAGAAUGUGUUGCCAGGACAGCAGGUUAUGAUCGACGGAAUAUGGCUGGAGAAAAACACCCCAUUACUAGUGAAGAAGACGGGACCGAAUGUGGAAGUGGAAAACUUUGAGUUCACAGCAAAUCGUCUGAGCGGACUUGUGGCUGCAUACGCCUUUGAAAACCGUAAGAGAUUUCCGAUUGUGACGUCCAGCGAGGCAUUAGCGCUGGGCCUAAAGUGGGACAAUACCAACACGGAGAAAUGUAAGCUCUACCUAUCUGCUGUCAGUGGUACCGAACAUUUCUACGAUCAGUUCACAUAUUGGCCUUUGAUAUGUGCUUUGAGGAAAUUGCAAAUGAAAAAGAUCACUCUGGAACCUGUUAUAAAAAUUGCAAAAAUUAAAAACAAAGAUGGUGUCCGAAUGGCCAAAGACCUAAUGAAUAAUCGUGCUAUGGUCUAUCGUCUAUGGUUGCAUUUUCCGGGCGCCUCGAAUGUUGAUCUGAAAUGCUUGCUUCAGACUGCGCCUGUCCAAUUAAAAAACGUUUUAACAUCAAACGAUUGA